AUGUCUCUCGCAGAAGCUAAGCUCGCUCGGCAAAAUGCACGCAUUCAGCAAGCUGAGGCAGCCCUGACCGCUCCUCUAAUAGGCAAAAGGAGCGAACUUGAUCGUGGCACACUUACUCAGCCAGCAGCAAACAAGACUUCUGGGAUAGCUGCAAUGACACAAAAUCGAAAGGCUCCAGCAUAUGGUGCAUCGGAGCCAGAAGUGCGCAUUAACACGUUUCGUGCUCAACCCCGCGACUCAUCGCUGAGUCGAUCUAUGUCAAGUCUGUCGCAACGCACCGCUGCCACUCAUGUCUCAGAUAAUACACCACUGGACAACAGUGGCUUUCAGGUGUUCACCGGCCGUCGUGCCAAGAAGCUGUCCGGACAGCUGAACGCCUACGAAGACAAACCCGAGCAAAAGCAGACGACCGUCGAAGCUCCAGUCGACACCCGCGAGAUUUAUGAAGUCUUCGGCAACGCUCUACCUGGCACUGAUUACAUCCAACAAAACCUUGGCGCGAAGAGUGGUCAGCUGCAGUUUUUACAGCAUCCUAACGGUGAUGUCUCCGCUCAUCAAUGGUCGAUGGACCGCUUCCUGUGGGAAAACAUCGGCCAGUUCUCAAACAUACGCAAGAAGACUGAAGGCUUGCUCGCUGCCGAUCGGCUGAGGGGUGAGACUGCUCAACAGACUCUUCAGCACAAUUCACUUGCAUACUUUCAAGCGAUCGCUAAGCAACACGAGGCAAUGAGCAUGGGUCAGCACUUUGACGCGGCGGAUAUGCUGGGACAUCUGACCAGACUGAACAACGAUGAAGGUGGUGUGGAAGGCUCCGCGCACGACAAUGCACGAACGGAGCCAGGUCCCACAGCAACCCCGUCAGAGUCGUCUCAAAGCGCACAAACCUCAUACGAGGUAGCCUCAUCCUCACAGCAUCAUUAUGGCGUGCCGCAGCAAUACCACUACCCAAGCUAUCCUCCCCAUGAGAUGCCUCCUGCGUAUACGGGAUACUAUCACCCAGCUUACGGCAACUACGGCUCGAACUAUGGCUUUGGCUACCACACUUGGCAGCCGGGACAAAUGCAGUACAACUCCCGCGCAGAUCGCUACAGUAACAAUUUCUUUGGUGGUAGAGGCUUGACACCAUCGCAUGAUUCAGUCUAUGCUCAAGAGGCCAUGCGCCACAUCAUCAGCGAGAUCCCGUCGCAUCAGGUCACAUACCCUAGCAGAGCUGCACACAUUGCCAGCGCAUCUCAAGCUCUCAAUUACGACUACCACUUUCCACCUGUCGAGUCGACAGCACAGCCUUGUCAACCACACAAUACGCGCAAAGCUUCGUUCCAGCAGGCUGUGGAGCAGCAUCUAGCUGCCACCAUUACAGGUUCGGAUACAUCACGAGCUCCGGCCUGUGGACCGCCGUCUGAUCCUCACCCUCGACUACCUAGGAACAGCGGGCAAUCUCAUGCACCUCCACCACCUCCCACCUUCCGAUACAAUACUGAUUAUGCAACGCCAUCGAAUGUUGAGGCAGGCAAUGUCCGUACGAAGAUGCGUGAGCAUCUCGCCAAGCUCAGCGAUCAAGCCAAGGAGCGGAGUAUAAGUCAAAGCAACAUACGCACGGUCUUGCACGAUCCAUUCCGCACGGAAGGCGAGGAUACGCUGCCUCAGAUCGUAUCAAGGCCUCAGCCCGACAAGAACACUGUGUUGGAACUGAAAAAGACUGUUGCCAACCCUAGUGGUCUGCCACCUCGUCUCUUCGAAUCGGCUGGUAACGAAGGCGCGGCGCAGCGGCUACAGACAAGAAGCGUGGAGAGUACUGCCAUUGCGGAGAUCGCGAAAACUCAUAGUAGUCCGGAGUCACGAUGGAGCAGACAGGAAACGGACGUGACGCCACAGAUUUCGAGCGGAUCGCGAAAACUGCACGGUCCAUCACCAAGACCCGAAGGAUACACCGGCCAUACUAUGGAAGAGCUUACGAAGUACUUCGAAGCAAAGUGUCUGGACGAAGUUGCCGAGCAACCGACCAAGAAGUCAUACGAGCGACGUGUCAACGAUUGGUGUCUGAACGGCAGCACGUUUGCUCGACAUGAAGAGCUCUUCAACACCAUCAAGGCUGCGGAUGCAGCAGUCGAGGAUGUACUACCAAGCAAGACACCGUCGCUUCUCGCACCAAUUGGUACGCCGGCCAGGAAGGACUCUACUCAGGAUAGUGUCACAGUCACCGCGCAGCAGAAAUGCGAUGCCCAUACCCGCAUGCUCAUUCCCGUCUGGGAGAACUUGGCUUCGUACGUCCAAGGUCCAGCAGAGAAGCGCCGCGGUUACUUCUCCCAAUGGACGCAGGCACCCGAGUGGGCGAUCGAUCAUAACGACAACACCACAUUCUUCGACAACAACUGGGGUCAGCCGCCACUAAGGAUUGGGUGGGACCCCAGGUAUCGACAGGUGCAGUCUGAGUCUACACCAGGAGGCGAUGUGUCGGACGGAGGUAGGCAGGGGGUUGAAAGUGUCAAGUUUGGCGGUUUCAGCAGUCCGACUGCGAAGGUGGGAGAUAGUUUGGCUGUUGGUGCGGGCUCGCCGGGGAGGUUCGCUUCUGGGAGGAUGUGA